AUGAACAACGCGCUUUUUCUGGCUGUUCUCGCGAUUCUCACGAUUUUCGGUAAGAUUUUUCUGGAAAUUGAGAGCUUUAAAUAGUGUUUCAGCCAUCUCCUCACAAGCUGCUCAUCACGACGGUGGAGGAGGUCACCACGAAGGCGGUGGAGGCGGUGGAGGCGGUGGAGGUGGAGAACAUCACCAUCAUGAGCAUCACGGAGGCGGCGGCGGCGGCGGCGGGGGACUUAAUUAUCACCAUCAUCACAGCUGGCAUCCUUCCUCGAGCUACGGAUGGAGCGCACCGAGCUACAGGUACCUACAAUAGUCCUGACGGCGAAAAACUAUUUUUGCAGUUACAGCGGAGGCGGCGGCGGCGGCGGACUCUUCGGAUGGCUUUUCAGAAGACCCUACAACUAUUAUGGGUAUAAUAACUAUGGCAACUACUACGGGAACUACUACCGCGGAGGAUACUGUAGAGGUACAGUGUGCUUGUCCGGCCCAGCAGUAAUCCGACCCGUUUUGCAGUUGCUCAAUUCGUGGACUACGUCGGCCAAACGCCCCGCUUCUAUUGCGACUGCCCGCCAGAGUUGA